CUACCUUGUGGGAUAACUGUGGGCCAUGGUCAGGUGUUUGAUUUUAUUCAAAGUGCACUGGAAUAACAUGAUAAGAUUUGUAUUUUUAAACAGUUUGCUUGGCUGCUGUGCGGAGAACCAAGUGUAGGGGGCCAUAAAUGCUCCCAGAAAGCUCAGUUAAGAGCCAUUAGCUGUCAUCCAGAUAGGUGUUGAUGGCUUGGACUAGAAUGUGGCUGUGACAUGCAGAGAAGCGGAAAGAUUUGCAAUGUAUGUUGGAAGUCAAAACAACAGGACUUGCUAAGAGUCCGGAUGUAGGUGGUGAGUGAAAGGAGAAACCAAGGAAUCACAUAUUUUAAGGUCUCAGUCAAGCGCUGCCUCCACAGUGAAACUGCCCCCAGCCAUUUUAACCCACUUCCAUCUCUCCUUUUGAUGAAGCGGUUGUGUUUUGAGGCCAUCAUACGGGCGAGGCACGGUUCCAGGUGCUUGGGAUACAUUAGAGAACAAACCGGAGAUCCCUGCCUUGUGGUAGUUGUAUUCUCCGCUGUACUUCCUCUCUCUGUGCCUGGAAUUCACGCGGAAUUUUAUCUAUCUUAGUAUUAGUCUCUAAUCGUUUCAAACAGACAGUUAUCUUCUUAAGGACCGGGGACUCCAGUUUUCAGUUUACCAUGACGUCCAGCUCAGUGCUGGGGGAGCAAAAGUACCAGUGAAAAUAUGUCUUUUUCAUAGAUAACUUCUUAUUUGUAUGCUUGCCUAUUUUAAAUAAGUACAUUUAUGAAAACCUAAAAUUGUAAUUCACGUCAUUGGAAAGGCGAUCAUUUUUCCAUUAAAAAAGGAUUAUUUACUCACUCAAGAGUUAUUUUAAAAUAAGGGGCUACCCUAAUGAAUGUAAUUAAAUGUUUGUUAACAGGUCGUUGUGUAUUUGUCAGGGGAUGCUGGAAAGGAACUGAAGCUAGAGUAUCGGGGCCAUAUUCAAUUGUAAAUUACCCAAAAUGAAGACAAAAGAGCUGAAAUUUAGAAUUGGAAGUGAAAAAGAAAAUAAAUUCUGAUUUCUAAAAAUUCAAACAUAGACACAACUUUAUAGAGGACUUCCGUUUUCUAAAUUUGCAAUUUAUAAUCGACAGUUAUAAACUGAUUCCUUAACCAGACCACAUUCAUCUUGGCAAUGAAAAGUAAUCAUUUGAAUACACAAGAAAAUUGGUUUCUGGUUGUGGCUUUCUGAGUAUGUCUUAAAAUAUAAAGAAGAAAACAAAAUUCGUGGUUUUAUGUUUUGCAAGGAAGACUGAGCAUCUUCAUAAACAUUCAUAGGAUAUUGGCUCCUUUUCAAGACCCCUUAUCAUAAUGCUGGCAUUGAAGUGCUAUUGCUAGUGUAAGGUUCUAUCUAAUACAUGUAUUCUGUGGGGUAAGUUUUUGAGGACCAUCCCAGGAAUCCAUGACCAUUUAUGACUUUGUUUCUAUGAAAAAUGCUUCUGAGUUCUAGAACACUAACUUCAAACCCAAAAUUAGGAACACACUCUGUUCAUAAAGGGUCCUCUUAAACUUGUUUCAGUAAUUCUCAUAAUCCAUUCAAUCUUUGAAGACCAUCAUAGUUAUCAACGGGAAAGAAAACUUUUAAUCGGGUGGUAUGCAGCAGCACAAUUCUUAUAAUAAGAAUAUAGAUGCCUUUCCCUUUACCUCGUUUAUUCCUUCAACACUUUCAUUAAGUGCUUUCUCUGAGCAAGGCACUAGGCAAACAGCAGUAACCCAGAAGAGCUUAUAGCUCCUUGGGGAAAAAAACACGUAUACAAUAGAAUGUCUGUCUUAAGUACUGUAAGAGAGGUGUAAAUGAAAUGUAUUGCGGGUUCAGAGGAGUGCAAGAUACUGUCUUCUGAUGGAAGUGGGAAGUCUUCCUGGGAGAGAUGGCAUUUAAAAUGCCACUUGAAAAUGGAGAGAAUUUAAAAGGGGACAGAAAGGGAAGGCAUCCUGGGAGAACAACAGCAUGAACAAAGUGGUAGAUCUAAGAAAGUGUGUAUGUGCAAGCACCAGCCAGUGCUUCAUGCAGUGAACACGUCUGGAACAACUACUAGGUGUAAGGCGUGCCCUACGGAGCCAGAGACAGAAAGAAAAAUAGGAUUUGGCCCUUAACCUUAAGGAAUAAUUCAGUUUAGUAUAUCUUAGAAAGUGUAAGAAAACGGUUUUCAGUUAAGUUUGAAGAUGGUGAUGGGUGCUAAACUGAGGCAUUGGAACCGUAUUCUACGGCCAUGGGUUUGGUCAUGGUGAUAACAAUGCUUAUCAUUUACUAAAUCCUCCAAUGUUCUAUGCACUUUAGUAAGAAUUUACACACAUUAGUUCCUUCAGGUCUCCUUAUGAGAUAUGGCUACUGUUUUAUCCCUACUUGUCAACCGAGAAAACUGAGGCUUAACAAUUCAAUUAAUUCAUUUAAUGUUGCCCAGCUGCUAAGUGGUAGAGUAGGCAUUUGAUCAGGCGUAUUGGAUUUCAGAGCCCGUAACCCACUUAGGGGAGCCAUGGAAGAUAUUUGAAUAGGAAAAUGAUCGAUUCAAGCUGUCCUCCUUAAGAAUUCACUUGACUACAGGGAGUAUACGGUGAUUAAAGAAUUAUACUAGUGAACAGCUAAUGAGGACCUAAAUGAAGGUAAUGGUAAUGGAUGUGAAAAAGGGAAGGCCCAUUCUCCUACUGCUCUCAGUACAUACAUGCACCAUGGACCCGUGGUUCUCAAACAUCGGUGUGCUCUAAGUCACCUGGAGGGCUGGGUGAAACACAGAUUGCUGGGUUCUCCCCCUGAAGUUUGUAAUUUUGCAGGUCGGGGAUGGAGCCUGGGAAUUUGCUUUGCUAACAAGUUCUCAGGUGAUGCUGAUGCUGCUGGUCUGGGGACCACACUUUGUGUACUGCUGAACUAAACUAAAGACCUUUGAGAGGUACCAAUAAAGGAUUUGGGAGUUUGAGGAUGGACUAGUGUGCCAGACCUAGAAAUGUUCUGGAAAAAUACUCUAAGAAUCAGGCAUGAUUUAAGGGCAGGCAAAAAAAGAAUGGAAUAUUUUGCCUAGUUCCAUGAAAGAAAAAUACUUUGAAGGAAGCAUUGACAUAAUCUGAGACUUUUCUUAGGAGAGUUCUAUCAUAGGUAUAGAUUUUAAAAAAUAAAAUAAAAAAGUGAAAACCACGGCAGUGACUAUAAUUUUAUUUUAAUCAUGAAGAGCUAAAUAUUAUGAACAAGAGGCAUGCAAUUAUUAUUUGGCAAAAGUAAGUAUAGAGCUAGCAUACUAUGUUCCAUUUAGAAUGCUAUUUUGUUAUUAUUCAUAACAACAACUGAGGUCAUUGGGCCUGGAGAUAUGCACCAUUUCUAAGAGCUGGUUUUAUAAUUACCAUUUUGAUUGCUGCAUCUAAUUAUUCCCUUAGGUUUACCUGUCCUGUCCGUAAUAGUUACCGUGCAAAUCAUAAGCAGAUAUACGCAAACUCUGAAUCUGAGUGGAGGUUAAUUUGUUCUCUAUGUCGCUAAAGUGUUGCCUGUGGUUAGCAAAUGUGCUAAGUUGCACAACCAAAGGUGCAAAAUCCUUCCUGACAUUUGCAAACAUCAGUCCUUUCAAGUUUCUUUCGUUCAGUCAAAUGUCCACUAAGCUAACUCAUCAGUAUCAAUGACAACGAGCUUAGCAUAAGCAAAACAGCCAUUCAGGCAUAGCCACACUGUGUAACAUGGGUACAUCAGAAGCCUUAUUUUGAUCACACGGUCAGAUGCCACUAGAUGGAGAGUGAAAUUAGUUAGAUAUAUGAGUAAAUAUUGUAUCAUUUUGGUUCCAAGCCUACACAACUGCUAAUUUUACCAUGAUAAUUCUUCCAUAUAACUUAAAUUAGGUUUUUGAAUCAAAAUACAUAAACAGCUCUAUUAAUGUUAUCAACAUCAAAUUGUUGUCUGCUUUAGUCUUUUGGAUUAUAUACUGUGAAUCUUUAUUUAAAAACCUAAAAGUCUACAGGAAAGGAAACGAAUUUUUCUGGCCUAAUGGUAUGCAAAUAAAUUAUUCUAGACAAACAGAAUGUAAAUAAAGUUCAUAUUUCAGGAACACAUUCCCAUUUAAAAUAAAAAGCAAUUUUAAAGUAAAGGUUUAGUUGCCCAACUAGAAAAGAAAUAAACAAUCCCCUUAAGUCUAAGUGAUACCAAAAAUUCCAAAUUGUCAUAAUAAAUAAAUAUUUUUGAGAGACUAGAAUUGCUUCAUUGGGAAGGAGAGGUGGGUGUCAGAUGAUUGAUUUCAUUUUUACCAUGGAGGAUUGGUAGUUUCUGAGUAGCUAGAAGAUACUCAGAAAAAACUACAUGAAAGAAAGUACCCUGUCAGUCUUUUAGGAUAUAUUUGGCUCAGUGUCGUCAGAAGGUAGCCUGUCCUCGCCCUGGAAUCGAGUUGCAAACACUAUCCUCAAUAGUAAUUAGAGCUAAGCGGCAAUUACAGGACGUAUGAUUUGUUCAGCCGCACUGCCUGCCGGCUGUUUCCUAGCACCACAUUUCACAGGAGCACCAGGUUGAAAUGAUGGAAUUGUUUCUCUCUCGGUGUAACACCUCGUCUGGUGUUCGAAUGCAGCAGUGAACGUGGUCUGAAAUCUUAAAAACGAAGGCAGUACAUGCCACACCACUACCCUUCCUGCUCUUGUGCGCACACCUACCCUGAUGAUGCAGCCUUCACUGGACAUCAAACCAUUUAUGUCUUUUCCAGUGGACAGUAGUUCUGCUGUUGGGCUCUUUCCAAAUUUUAACACAAAAAGAAGAGGCUUAUUUGGGACCAAUAAAUUCUGCCAGAUGGAUCCUGUGCAAAAAGCAGUCAUUAACCACACAUUUGGAGUGUCCAUUCCCCCAAAGAAGAAACAAGUUAUUUCUUGUAAUGUCUGUCAGCUUCGCUUUAACUCGGAUAGCCAGGCCGAGGCCCACUACAAAGGAAGUAAACAUGCCAAGAAGGUCAAAGCACUAGAGGCAACGAAAAAUAAACCCAAAAUGGUUUCUUCCAAGGACAGCGCAAAGGCUAAUCCCAGCUGCUCCAUCACUCCAAUCACAGGCAACAGCUCUGACAAAUCAGAAGAUAAAGGGAAGUUAAAGGUCACCACUUCCAGUCAGCCGUCAAGCUCUGAAGGCGGCUCAUUUCUCCUCAAAUCUGGCCCAACACCUCUGCCCCCUGGAGCAGCCACUUCUCCCUCCAAGAGUACCAAUGGAGCUCCUGGUACUGUUUCUGAAUCAGAAGAAGAAAAAGCCAAAAAAUUACUUUAUUGUUCACUAUGCAAAGUGGCUGUGAACUCCCUGUCUCAGCUGGAGGCACACAACACAGGAUCUAAACACAAGACCAUGGUGGAAGCUCGUAAUGGGGCUGGUCCAAUUAAGUCCUAUCCUAGACCCGGGUCAAGAUUAAAGAUGCAGAAUGGCAGUAAGGGGUCAGGACUACAGAACAAGACAUUUCAUUGUGAGAUCUGUGAUGUUCACGUUAAUUCAGAAAUUCAGCUCAAACAGCACAUUUCUAGCCGAAGGCAUAAGGAUCGAGUUGCAGGGAAACCACUGAAGCCGAAAUACAGUCCUUACAACAAACUCCAGCGGAGCCCGAGCAUUUUAGCUGCAAAACUUGCAUUCCAGAAAGAUAUGAUGAAGCCUUUGGCCCCGGCCUUCCUGUCCUCGCCCCUGGCGGCGGCGGCGGCAGUGUCCUCGGCGCUGUCGCUGCCGCCCCGGCCGUCCGCCUCGCUCUUCCAGGCUCCAGCCAUCCCGCCAGCUCUCCUGAGGCCGGGCCACGGGCCCAUCCGCGCCACUCCUGCCUCCAUCCUCUUCGCUCCCUACUGACGUCUACGAGCCCCAGGCACUUGAGGCCAGUAGGAGAGCUGAGUAGGCAAGCCAAAAGGAUUCAGCGAUGUCAGCAUUUCGUGUUCAGUGCCCCCGCGCAGCCACAAAAUGCAGCGAGCAUACCACCCCGAGCCCGACUCCAAAGAACAGAUCACUAGACUCAAGAGUGCUUUUAGGGACCGCGCCUAUCAUUUAGGAAUCUGAGCAGCACAGGCUUUAUUUCCCUAGUCCCUCUCCCUGCCCGCCGUCGUCCGCCCCCCCCCCCAUUCAAUUUGUAUAUCUGAGAUAUUUGGUUUCUUGCAAACGUGUUGGUCAGAAAAAUAUAUACAUAAAAAUAUAUCAUUCUCUGACUAUUUUUCCAUGGGUGUGAUCUGGCUUAGAAACAAUAUGGAAUAUUUUCCUGGCAGACUUGAAAACUAGGGUCUUCCUCACGUGUCUGUAAAUAACUCUGGAAUCCAACUGGGCACAUUCUAGUGUGGAACAAAAACAGAUGAACACAAGUGCUGCCUUGUGGACACCAUCUCCCCAACGGAUCGCAGCGUUUUCUUUCUGGUGUACUCUUGUUGACAGGGAUUGUGUACUGUUGUAGACCCGAGUACUGUCGUAUCCUGUGUAGUGCUAGAUGUGUAUCUCUUGUCUGAAUUAAACAUUUUUAGUUGCUGUGUAAAUGUUAGGAAGCAAAGUAGCUUUGAAUUUUCUCUUUAAGAGAACAAAAGAUAAAGUAAUGUAUUUUCUUUAUUUCACAUUUUAUUUGGUGAUAUUUAAACGAAAUAGAAAGCCAUAUAACAUAGCUAUAAUUACUACCUGUUUGCUCUUUUUGUUUAACUUAUUUCGUAGCUUCCACACCGUUGGAGUUGCUAAGCAAAUGUACACAAACAGAGCAAGAGCUUCCUAAAUUGCACAUGUUUGCACCUCUUGCGCAUUCUGCAAGAAGACAAUGAAUCCAUGUAUUUCUACGUAAUUAUCUUCUUCAUUUUUAACCUGUUUUCAUUUGUAAUGAUGCUACAUAAUUUUGUGGCUCCCUAAUGCAAUAAUGUACAGAAGAUAAAAAAUUUAUAAUUGAACAAUUUGUCUUUCUGUUCACUGAAUACGUUGCAGGUCUCGCUCCUGUGCCCCCCCCUUCUAAGCUGAUGUCAACGAGACUGGAAUGUUUGUGAUAUUGGGGGGCAAGAGGUAUCAUAAAUCAACAAAAUAGAGUGAACUCUUUUAGAGCAUCUAUAUCUGCAAUCUGUAAAUGGUAAAAUGUCUGUGUAUUUUUUUAAAUGUAUCUUUUCAAUAAAAGUACAAAAAAUAAAAA